GCAAUCAUGUGGAAAGGGGGAAUAAUAGAAGCGGGUUGAAAGAAAUCACUGACAGAAAAACUAGGUCAAGUGGAGGAGAUUCAGAAAGGUUUACAUCUCACGGACGAACGAGACGGUUUUAUUUACAACAUGGAGAAGAAACAAACCGUUAAUUUUGGGGCAGGACCCGCUAAACUCCCACAGUCGGUUUUACUCCAAGCACAGAAGGAGCUGCUGGAUUACAGUGGCACCGGGAUCAGCAUUCUUGAAAUGAGCCACAGAUCGUCCGACUUCACCAAGAUCAUAAACACUACUGAAAACCUCAUCCGUGAACUUCUGAAUGUUCCUGAAAACUAUAAGAUCCUGUUCUUGCAAGGUGGAGGUUCUGGUCAGUUCAGUGCGGUUCCCCUCAAUCUAAUCGGGCUGAAGGAGGAACGAUGCGCUGAUUACCUGGUCACGGGCACCUGGUCUGCUAGAGCUGCUAAAGAGGCGGAGAAAUAUGGGAAAGUCAACGUGAUCCAUCCGAAAUUGGACAGUUACACCAAAAUACCAGACAGCAGCACGUGGUCACUGAAUCCUUCUGCGUCCUACGUUUACUACUGCUGCAAUGAGACCGUGCACGGCGUGGAGUUUAACUUCAUCCCGGACACCAAAGGAGUGAUUCUGGUCAGCGAUAUGUCCUCCAACUUCCUCUCCAGACCAGUGGACGUGUCAAAGUUUGGUCUGAUAUUUGCAGGCGCGCAGAAGAAUGUGGGCUGCGCGGGUGUGACGGUUGUCAUUGUCAGGGAGGAUCUGAUUGGCAAGGCUUUAAAGGAAUGCCCAAUUAUUCUGGACUAUCAGGUGCAGGCUGGCAAUAACUCGCUCUACAACACGCCUCCAUGCUUCAGUAUUUACAUCAUGGGUUUGGUUCUAGAGUGGAUCAGGAACAAUGGCGGUGCAGAUGCCAUGGAGCGACUAAACAAACAGAAAUCAGCCCUCGUCUAUGACAUCAUCAACCGCUCCAACGGAUUCUACUCAUGUCCAGUUGAUGCGGCGUGUCGAAGCCGCAUGAAUAUUCCCUUCCGCAUUGGAAAGAAGGAAGGAGAUGAAAGUCUUGAGAAGUCAUUCCUGGACGGGGCAUCCAAACUGGGCAUGAUCUCUCUGAAAGGACACAGGUCAGUCGGCGGCAUUCGUGCGUCUUUGUACAAUGCAGUGACUGUUGAAGAUGUGAAGAUUCUUGCUGCUUACAUGGAAGAUUUCCUCAGGAAUCACCAGUAAAUUAAAGGCCUUUUUUUACACACAGUAGUUUCUUAACCAAGACACCUUUAGACUGGACUAACACUAACAGAUUUGCUUUUUUAUUUGCAACCAGUUGUAGCGAUUCAAUAUUAAUUGUUGUCACUGUUACAUAAUAUUCUUACUUUGUAUAAAAACGUAAGCUGACCCUUUUAUUAAAACUCUCGUGUGCCUUAUUGCCCGAAAAAUCGUAACUGGAUUUCAUGUUUUACUAAUGUAAAUGUGUGUGUUAUUCGUGUAAGAAUGGACCGAAUACUGUGAUACGAGUGAAAAGGCAGUACAACACUACUAAAGCACUGUGGUGUUUUCAUCUGGAGUAGUAACGUAGGUAAAAUAACCAUCAUGUGGAUAUGUAAGAGCAUAUUUGCAAUAAAAAAAUGUGAGCAAAUGUU